AUGAAAAUUGGAUUUUAUGUUCCUCCGAGUGACACGGAACACAACAGCGAAGAAAACACGACAAGCGAUGACUGGAACUACACGUUGCCCAACCUGCUGGAGUACCUGGACGGGCUGCUGGAGGGCGGCGGGCAGCCCCACAGCAACCCCAUCCUCCCGAACCCCAAUAAGGAUGCGGAGGCGCCGGCCACCACCCUCUGGGGAGCGCUCACCUCCUCCUCGACGCCGCCCACGACCACGACCACCACGCCCGCGCCCAUCAACAAGCCCAUGUUCGUUAUGAACUUCACUCUGCGCACCACCGUGGACACGCUCCUGCAGACGCGCGUCAACCUGUCCAAGGCUCUGGAUCCCCUGGCGUCUCCCGCAGGGGCCGGGGGCAGCGUCCUCGGCCUCGACGUCGACCCCUCGGACGUCGGCCUCGGCAUAGGCAUGGGGGUGGCCACGCUGUCCUCCGCCUCGUCCACGUCCUCCGCGUCCUCGUCGUCCUCGCCCUCGUCCUCGUCCUCGGCCAGCACCCCCGACCUCCUCCUCGCCGGGAACGAGUCCCUGGUCACCCUCGACGACUCCUUCUGGCUCGCCGGCGGGAACGACUCGGCCAACCAGAGCCACUUCUUCGGCAACGAGACCUCGGACGGGCUCAUCGUGGACACCGUGGGCAUGGUCAUCACGUCGGUCAUCCUCGGCAUCAUGAUCCUCACCACGGUCAUCGGAAACGUGUUCGUGAUCGCCGCCAUCUUGCUGGAGAGGAACCUUCAACAGGUGGCAAAUUUCCUGAUCGUGUCGCUGGCGGUGGCCGACCUGAUGGUGGCCUGCCUCGUCAUGCCUCUCGGCGCUGUGUACGCGAUAAGCAAGGACUGGAUUCUGGGUCCCGAGCUCUGCGAUAUGUGGACUUCGAGUGACGUGUUGUGUUGCACCGCCUCGAUUCUCCACCUGGUCGCCAUUGCACUCGACAGGUACUGGGCGGUCACGCAAGUGGACUACAUCCAUUCCCGGAACGGCACGCGCAUCGGCACCAUGAUCCUGAUGGUGUGGCUGACGGCGGUGGUGGUGUCCAUAGCGCCCCUCUUCGGCUGGAAGGACCCCGACUUCCUGGUGCGAGUCAACCAGCACAAGAAGUGUCUCGUGUCUCAGGACGUCGGCUACCAGAUCUUCGCCACCAUGGCUACCUUCUACGUCCCUCUGACGGCCAUUUUGAUUCUCUACUGGAAGAUCUUUCAGGCGGCGCGGAAGAGGAUCCACAAGAACCGCCCGGGGGAGAAGAAGGAGGCGAAGAAGAAGGGGAAUAAUAACAGGACGAAUAGGGCGAAGGCCAACAGAGGCGGCGGCGGCGGCGGAGGCGGAGGCGAGCCAAAGCCCAACGGCGUGACGGAGCACCAGACCACCGCCUUCACCACCGUCAACAGCGGCUCGCCCGACAAAAUCUCCAACAACGGGGCGGUGUCCGUGUCCUCCCACGUGAGCGAGGUGUCCAGACUGGAGAUGCUGCCGAAGGAACCCCCGAAGAAGACCAAGAAGGAGACCCUGGAGGCCAAGAGGGAGAAGAAGGCCGCCAAGACGCUGGCCAUCAUCACGGGCGCCUUCGUCGUGUGCUGGCUGCCCUUCUUCGUGACGGCGCUGCUCAUGUCCAUAUGCCCCGGCUGCUACUUCUCCGACCUCAUGUUCUCCAUCUUCCUCUGGCUCGGCUACUUCAACUCCACCCUCAACCCCAUCAUCUACACCAUCUUCAGCCCGGAGUUCAGAGAGGCCUUCAAGAGGAUACUCUUCGGCAGGAAGGCCCAGAGGUACCGCCCGGGGAAGGUGCGCUGA